AGGGGGCGCUGCUCACACUCACUGUCGUGUCCGGAGCCUCGGUGGCCGCUGCUCUGCUCUCACCGGGUCUGUCGCCUGAUUUCGGGAUGUUGGCUCGUGUUCGGGGCUGAUGUCCGUGUCUUUUCUCUAGUGUCUCCGUGGAGGGUCCCGGCUGCUCGCUUUAACGCCCCUGUCGGACUGUGUCUCCCGCUGUUUGUCCCGUAACCCGCUCCCUCCUUCCCCCGGGACUGUCCUGCUCCUGUGUCCGCGUUCAGAACCUCGUCCCCGGGCCUCGGAGCCUCGUCCCCGGGCUCUGGAGCGCGUUGGGCGGCAUGUGGAGGGUGACUCUGCAGGCCGUGGCGGUGCUGCUCGCUUCGUGGCUGCUCGGGAGCUGUGUUUGGGGCUGGUUUCAGACGAACGGCGCCGGUAAACCGCAGACACAGCACAGUGGACACCGGAGCAGCGAGGACCGGAGCUGCUUCUGCCAUCUGACAGGAGAUCUGGACGACUGCUUUUGUGACGUGGAGAGCAUCGACGUUUUCAACAACUUCAAAAUCUACCCCAAAAUCAAGAAGCUCACAGAGAGGGACUACUUCAGAUACUACAGGGUGAAUCUGAAGCGGCCUUGUCCUUUCUGGCCCGACGACAGUCACUGCGACAUCAAAGACUGUCACGUGGAGCCCUGUCCAGAGAGUAAAGUCCCAGUGGGAAUCAAGUCUGGGAACUACAACAAGUAUUCUCAGGCGGCGAACUCUGAGACGGAGGUGACAGAAUGUGAACAGGCCAAAGAGCUGGGAGCCAUCAACAGCACUCUGAGUAACCAGAGUAAGAAGGCGUUUGCCGACUGGGCGAGACACGAUGACGCUCAGGAGCACUUCUGUGAACUCGACGAUGAGACGUCUCCAGACGCCGAGUACGUGGACCUGCUCCUGAACCCAGAGCGCUUCACAGGAUACAAGGGCGCCUCCGCCUGGAGAGUGUGGAACAGCAUCUAUGAGGAGAACUGCUUCAAGCCGCGCUCCGUGUACCGCCCGCUGUACCCUCUGGCCCCCAGCAGAGGUGACGAUGACGGAGAGGCCUUCUACAACUGGCUCGAAGGUCUGUGUUUGGAGAAGAGAGUGUUCUACAGACUCAUCUCUGGACUCCACAGCAGCAUCAACAUCCACCUGAGCGCCGAGUACCUGCUCGAUGAGGGCUGGGGCCGCUCCGUGUGGGGCCCUAACCCGUCCGAGUUCCGGCGCAGGUUUGAUUCUUUGGAGGGGACGCGGCGCCUGAAGAACCUCUACUUCCUGUUUCUGAUCGAGCUGCGAGCGCUGUUCAAAGUGGCGCCGUACUUCGAGCGCUCCGUGGUUCAUCUGUACACGGGGAAGAGCCAGGAGGAUCAGAGGACCAAGGACCUGCUGCUGAAGCUCUUCACAGAGAUAAGGGCCUUCCCCAUGCAUUUUGAUGAGAGGUCCAUGUUCGCUGGAAACACUUUGGAGGCCAAGACCCUGAAGGAGGAGUUCAGGCUUCACUUCAAAAACAUCUCCAAGAUCAUGGACUGUGUGGGCUGCAGCAAGUGUCGCCUCUGGGGGAAACUACAGACCCAGGGCCUGGGCACGGCUCUGAAGAUCCUGUUUUCAGAACGUGAGAUCCAGAGUCUCCCGGAGCACAGUCCAUCCAGAGGCUUCCAGCUCAGUCGCCAGGAGAUCGUGGCCCUGGUCAAUGCUUUCGCCAGAGUAUCGACCAGUAUUUACCAGCUGCAUAAUUUCCGCUCGAUGCUGAACGAGGAGAGGUGACAUCAUCAGAAGGGGACGGAGGAAACUGCAGCGCGUGGAUUCAAGAUGGCGGCUGCAGGGUGUUCAUAGGAAAGAUGUGAGUGUUUCUGCCUCUAGAGAGCGCUCUCUGGACUUUUAAGGAGAGAGGAGGACUUUAGGCUCCUGUCUGCUUUUGUCUACACCUGUCUGCACCUGUCUACACCUGUCUACACCUGUUACGCCCUCUGCUGGUGUUAGCACGACCUACUUUCUACCCGAUGUGAGUCAUUUCUGCUGUUUUAGACAAAUACAAAGCUUCAAAUCUGGUCACAUUCUUCGCUCUUUUAGGAUCUAACCCAGGACUAAACUGGAUUUUACAAGGAAUUUGUCUGGACUCAGGUCUGUACUAGGAAUAUACUAGGUUUAUAUUAGGUCUACACCAGGUCUACACCAGGUCUACACCAGGUCUACACCAGGUCUACACCAGGUCUACACCAGGUCUAUAGUAGCUCUGAACCAGGACUCACCCACGACUGAACCACAUCUAUAUUAGGACUAACCCAAGACCUAAACCUGGAUUUUACAAGGAAUUUGUCUGGACUGAACCAGGACUGAACCAGGACUGAACCAGGACUGAACCAGGUCUGAACCAGGUCUGAACCAGGUCUGAACCAGGUCUGAACCAGGACUGAACCAGGACUGAACCAGGACUGAACCAGGACUGAACAUAUACACAUAUACCUCUAGGACUAACCCAGGACAUAAUCAGAUCUAAACCAGGUUUAGGACUUUGCUGAACUCUUAACUGAUGAUAUUUCAGACUGAAAUA